AUGGCAGACAUCCUGACCCAGCUCCAGACAUGCCUUGACCAGCUCGCAACUCAGUUCUACGCCACAUUGGGUUACCUCAGCACUUACCACGACAACUCCCCUGCUACUCCACCGCCCGGAAUCCCGAGUGCUGCUCCCGCUCUAGCCAAAAUGUCCAAGAACACAACCUCCCCACCCGUCCCCGCCUCCAUCGCCGCAUCAGCAGGAGGAGCCGCAGCAGCCGCUGGCGCCGAACAGUCACCAGUACCUCCACCAACCCAACAACCCGGGACAGAACCCGGAGCCGUCGAAGGCGAAGAUCCCAAUCUCCUCCCACAACCGGACUCGCCACGCACGUUCGCGGCUCGGCAGCGAGAGCUAGCGCGUGAUCUCAUUAUCAAAGAACAGCAGAUUGAGUACCUGAUCUCCGUGUUACCAGGCAUCGGCGCUUCGGAAGCGGAGCAGGAGGCGAGAAUUCGAGAAUUGGAGACUCAGUUGCGGGAGGUAGAGAAGGAGCGUGUUGCAAAGGCGGAGGAGUUGAAGCGGUUGAGAGGUAGACUGGAGGAUGUGCUUGGUGCUGUAUCAGUAGGACUUUAUGGGGAUCGGUAG